UAAUCUCAGUCAAAAACAGACUCCUCUUCUCUGUUUCCUUUCUUAGAUUUGGCUUGAAAUUAAUAAAAUAGCCAAUCAGUUCUAGUGCCCAAAUGGCGUCAACACCAAACCAGCUUCACUUUGUUCUAAUCCCAUUGAUGGCACAAGGCCAUAUGAUCCCCAUGAUAGACAUGGCCAAGCUCUUGGCGGAGCGCGGUGUUAUUGUAACCAUAGUCACUACCCCUCUCAACGCAUCACGAUUUGCACCGAUAGUCAAACGAGCCGUAGAGUCCGGGCUUCCUAUUCAAGUAAGUGAACUCCCAUUUCCAUGCCAAGAAGCAGGUCUGCCCGUAGGCUGUGAGAGUCUUGACAUUGUACCUUCACGGGAUCUUAUAAGAAAUUUCUACUUUGCGAUUGGUAAGCUUCAACGGCCAUUAGAACAAUACCUUCAGGAGCAAAAGCCCCCUCCCAGUUGUAUAAUUUCGGACAAGUACCUUGCUUGGACUUUGCAAACAGCCCAAAAGUUUCGAAUCCCGCGGAUAGUUUUCCAUGGGACAUGCUGCUUCUCACUGCUAAGCUCCCACAACAUAAAGCUCUACAACGCUCAAAACUCGGUCAUUUUGAACUCAGAAAAAUUUCUUGUCCCAGGAAUGCCCCAGAAAAUUGAGAUAACCAAAGCCCAGCUGCCCGGCGAAUUUGUUUCGCAGGCUGACAUAGAUGAUAUUCGAGGUCCAAUACGAGAGGCUGAACUAGCCUCUUAUGGUGUUGUGGUGAAUAGUUUUAGUGAACUCGAACCCCAGUUCGUCGAAGGUUACAGGAAUGCCCUAAACAAAAAAGUGUGGUGCAUUGGCCCAGUUUCACUCUACAGCAAAGCGCAUUCAGACAAGUUUGAGAGAGGCAACAGAGCCUCGAUCGAGGAGAAAGAGUGUUUGGGUUGGCUUGAUUCAAAGAAACCAUGUUCAGUUAUUUAUGCAUGUUUCGGGAGCCAGUGCCGCCUAGUUGCAUCACAGUUGAUAGAGCUAGGGUUGGGCUUGGAAGCAUCAAACCACCCAUUUAUUUGGGUGAUAAAAACGGAAGAAUCAAUGAUUGCAGAAUUAGAAGAAUGGCUAAAGGAAAAUAAAUUUGAAGAGAGAAUCAAUGGGAGAGGACUUUUGAUCAAGGGCUGGGCACCACAGGUUCUUAUUUUGUCCCAUAAAGCAAUCAAAGGGUUCCUAACACACUGUGGUUGGAACUCGACAAUAGAAGGCAUUUGCUUUGGGGUGCCAAUGAUAACAUGGCCUCUUUUUGCUGAGCAAUUCCUUAAUGAGAAACUUAUAGUAGAGGUUUUGAGGAUUGGAGUUCGGAUUGGUGUUGAGCUGCCCACUAGAUGGGGUGAGGAAGAGAAAGUUGGGGUUUUGGUGAAGAGCGAGGAUGUUGAGCAGGCUAUAAAGAGACUAAUGGAUGGGGCAGAAGAAGGAGAAAAUAGAAGAAAGAGAGCAAGGCAGCUUGGAGAGAAAGCAAAGGAGACCAUGGAAGAGGGAGGAUCUUCACACUUGGGCAUAACUCUCUUGAUCGAAGAUAUUAUCAAACAAUCUGAGUUGGACAAGAGGACUGGGGUCCAGGUUUGAAGAUGUAUAAAUUUUGUAGCAAUAAUAGUUUGAGUGUUCACACAAUUCCGCAUGUACUUUGGACUUCAAUUUUCUUUAUGAGGCUAGAUUUUUAAUUUCCCC